GAAGAGGAAAUUAAAUUGUCAAAAUGAUAGUUCAUCUUGUGUCAGUUCAGUUUGUAAAAGUAAGGUUAUUAAGCUGAAUGUAGACAUUCAGUUAUCUUUUAUUAUUGAAAUUGGAAUAAAAUGUUCUUAUUACCAUUUGCUGCCACCGUGCUCAAGAGAGCAGCAGGUCAGCGGUUCCCUUUUAAAUAUGUUUCUGACAAAAUUAAUAUAAAAAAAAUGUCAUCCACAUCCAUACCGACCAAAACAAUUCAUGAUGUAAAUACAAAUGUAAUAAAAGAUGUAAUUUUAUUUAAAUACGAAAAUCCGAAGUUCUACAUGUAUAUGAACAUAUUUGCAGUAGUUCAGUAUAUGUUUUGGACAUAUUUAGGAGUGUUUUCGUUUUCCACUCUAAGGGAUGCGCCUGUCGAUAAAUCUACAAUAACAGAUGAAACUCCUUGGUUUAGAAGGAUAAAUCUUGGAGAGAACAAGUACAGAAAUACUCUAGGGAUUAUAUCUGUAGUAAUAGGUGGCAGUUCCCUUGCAGUGAUAUGGAUGUACACUCUCCGUUCUGUACGUUAUUUGAUCCUCAACAAAGGUGGAAAGAAAUUAACAUUUGUAACAUACACACCAUUUGGUAAGAACAGAAUAAUGACUGUUCCUAUGGAGAAUGUAUGUUGUAAGGAGGCAAGGAACAUUGCUAGAGUACAGCUACCUAUGAAAAUUAAGAAUAGGUGGAUGCAUUACAUGUUAGAUAUGAGAGGAGAGUUCAAAAACCCAUUACUGUUUGACUGCACCGCUGGUUUGAUGAGGAAAUGGUAAAACAGUCAGUUAUAUGUAUAUCAACAGGUUUUUUAUUUAUUGUAAAUAUAGUUGUAGAGAUAAAAGUACUUAUUUUUAUUUUGCUCUGGAUAUACCUGACAACAUCAUUUGAAGGUUAUGUUUUAAGAGUUCCAUAUCGCAAUGAUAAUGGUAUGGAUCCUAUUGUAAGUCUCAUUCUCAUUUAUCAUUCUGUAACUGUGUACCUAUCAUGUUUUAUAAUGAUUUCAAGACUAAAAACAACAAAUAGUGAAAGAAAAUGCAUGUAAGCCUUUCAUAUUACAAACAUGGUUUUUUUCAGUUUUUAUAUGAUGGUACAGAACACUAGACAAAA